AUGAAUUCAGCUGAAAUCGCCUUCUUGAUCGCCCUACUAACAGCAUUCUACAUCACACUAAUUCAUCCAUUCAUCGUCGCCGGUUGUAUUGCUGCUCUGGUUGGUUAUAUUCGCUGGUUAGCCCCGAAGAUUGAUCAGCACCCCCAAAAUGAAGAUGAGCGGACUUGUUCGGAAGCUGUAGCACCAACGGAGACAUGGCAACAACGACCCGUCGAGGAAUCGGAGCCACGUUCAGAAGAGGAGAAUGUUGAAGUCAAUGGAAGAGUCCAUCAAGUGCCGAUGGAGAAGAAUAUGAAGAAGAAGAAGUCACAACGAGAGAUCCUGGCUGAAAUUGAGGCCACCCGAGAACGAGAAAAGUAUUCAAAGUUACUGCUAACUUAUCAAGUACCAAAUAUGACUGCAUACUACGAGAGUCUGGUCCGGAUCAUUCAGCAGUAG